CUCCAGGGAGAGAACUCCUCCUACUAAAUUAUCAAAAAUGGGCUGGCUUUAGUCUCUUAACAAAUUGGACACAGCUACGGCAGGAGCAGUCCCCAACCCAACCUACAGGCACUGGGAACUUGCAAGCAGCCAGGGACCGCUGAAAAUAGCACUUCUUUUUCUUUCUUUGUGUUCGAAACUAUUUUCUUUCUUCGCCAGAUUUUGUUUUCCUCCCCCCGCUGCAGUGUUGUUUCCCAUUAGUAAUUCGAUCUCUCAGAGCAGUAAGAUUCGCCUUCUUCGUCUCCUUUCCCCUCCGCCCCUGUUUGUUUGUUUUCUGCACAUCUCCUUCAGGGAGACGCUGGGGAUCCCCCCCCUUCUUUUUUUCUUUUCCGAGCAGACCAAUUUCCACUCCGUCUGCCUCUUUCUUCUUCCCUCUCUCCCUCUUGCCCUCUGUCCCGGAGCGCCUCUGCGCUCCUCCAACACGCAGCUCUCUGCGGUCCCUUCUGCUCCUUCACUCGGAUGAGCUGAGAGCCGCGGGCGUGUGUAUAUGGAAAUAGUGGGGUGCCGAGCAGAAGACAACUCGUGUCCUUUCCGUCCCCCAGCCAUGCUCUUCCACGGGAUCUCCGGAGGCCACAUCCAAGGUAUCAUGGAGGAGAUGGAGCGCAGAUCUAAGACGGAGGCCCGCCUGGCCAAAGGCGCUCAGCUCAACGGCCGCGACGCGGGCAUGCCCCCGCUGAGCCCCGAGAAGCCCGCUCUCUGCGCCGGCUGCGGGGGCAAGAUCUCGGACAGGUACUACCUGCUGGCUGUGGACAAACAGUGGCACCUGAGGUGCCUGAAGUGCUGUGAAUGUAAGCUGGCCCUCGAGUCGGAGCUCACCUGCUUCGCCAAGGACGGUAGCAUUUACUGCAAGGAGGAUUACUACAGAAGGUUCUCUGUGCAGAGAUGUGCCCGCUGCCACCUUGGCAUCUCCGCCUCCGAGAUGGUCAUGCGCGCCCGAGACUCAGUCUACCACCUGAGCUGUUUCACCUGCUCCACGUGCAACAAGACCCUGACCACGGGCGACCAUUUUGGCAUGAAGGACAGCCUGGUGUACUGCCGCGCCCACUUCGAGACCCUCUUGCAAGGGGAGUAUACACCGCAGCUGAGCUACACCGAGCUGGCGGCCAAGAGCGGCGGCUUGGCCCUGCCUUACUUCAACGGCACUGGCACCGUGCAGAAAGGGCGGCCCCGGAAGCGGAAGAGCCCAGCGCUGGGAGUGGACAUCGUCAAUUACAACUCAGGUUGUAACGAGAACGAGGCAGACCACUUGGACCGGGAUCAGCAGCCUUACCCACCCUCACAGAAGACCAAGCGCAUGCGCACCUCCUUCAAGCACCACCAGCUCCGGACCAUGAAAUCCUACUUUGCCAUCAACCACAACCCGGAUGCCAAGGACCUCAAGCAGCUUGCUCAGAAAACAGGCCUCACCAAAAGAGUUUUGCAGGGAGAACAAAUCUUGGGGCAUUACAGCCAAACAUCCCGACGUUUGAAAAUUCCCUAAAGUAUUAAAAGAAGGGGAAAAGUUUGAUCGGAAAUCCACUGCAGUGAAGACAAAGACAAUAUUAGGUUAUGAUAAUCAUACAUUUUAAAAUCUAUUGAGCCAAAAAAAAAAAAAAAAGAGAGAGAGAGAGACAGAGAGAGACUUAAAUGUCAUUUACUGAAUGUUAACAAAAAUUCUGUUCUUUAUGGUGUCUAACACAAAUGGAGGCUUAAAGUUAUGUGGUUUAAAACAAAAUUAGUUAAGCCGUGUAUAAACCAGAGCAACCUGGCAGUAAUAUGCCCACCCCAUAUUUGAAGAAAAUUAUUAUUGCUAAAAAAUCCCACACAUUUGUCAAGCACAGUAAUUGUAAAAUAAAGUCCAAAAAACAUUCAUUUCACCUGCUUGCUAAUGUGUAUUAGUCCUAUCUGUUGAUGGCAUUUUCCAAUUGUAAAUUCAAAGAAAAGCUAUCACUCACUUGAGAGUAUAGGAAUCAAAACCCAGUAAUUUUAGUAUUAUUGUUUAUUACUUCCUUUUUAAACAGAAAUCUCUGCAUGCACUUUUACAUCUGUCACUCCUAGUGUACAUCUCUGUAUGAUGACUUAUCUUUGCUGUUUCUUGUAUGAUAAAUAGCUUUCAUUAAUAAACAUUUUAUUUGAUGCGAACAUAGUUAACUUUAUGUUAAAUACACACUGUUGAAAUUACUUUUGAACACUGUCUUAAGAGGCAGCACAAUACAUUUCCAACUUGUUAUACUUAGUAAAAAAAAAAAUCCAAACAAUAUAAUGAGGUUAACUUCUGGUAGCCUAGGAUAAAAUGACUUACUUGGUUUUUAACUUUUCAUGACUUUUUAUUUGUUGUAUUCAAUUGGCCCAUGUAUUAAAAAUUACCAAAAAAAAAAAAACCCACAGAGAAAACACAAAUUACAACAAAAACUAAACCUUAGACUAAACUAUCAUGUAAAAUUUCAGCAACGUUUUUAGAUUAUUAGGGUAAAAUUUAUAGAUCCUGUGUAAGUUUACAUGUUUGCUAUGCAAUGAGCAAAUUUAUUGAAGUAUACAAAUAUAUUCUGAACUAUGGAAAGAUCCAAUCUUUGCAUAGUUCAAAUUACAUAUGAUAUUACAAACAAAGGAGCAAGUGGAAAGAAAAACAAAUAUUUAGGAAUGAGGUUUUUUUAAUUGUUAAAGGGAAUAUUUGAAGAAAGAAUUUUUUAACGAUUCCUAUUUAGCUGUAUAUCCAAAGCAUAUGUUAAACAAAUUAACAUAUAACUUUCCAGAAAAGUUUUCAUUAUGAUGAAAUUUUUAUUAUAUACAAAUGAACCCUAUGUAAAUGAUGUAACUUUUAUGAAUGACAGACAUUAAAUAUUUCACUUACAUGUAUUCUCAGAACUUUGAAUGUUUUCUUAAAUGCUUUCACUUCCUGAAUACUAAAAAAGGAAAAAAAAAUGAAAAGAGAGAGCAACUUACUAAUUAAAAAAAUAAAAAAAAAUGCAAUGCAUCAUGACAAGUAGACUAUUUUGACUGAUCAUGAAACAUGUUGGUUUUGUCAGGAACUUGAAUGUUUAUGCCUCAUUGAAACCUCAUCCAUGGCUAUAGCAACUUAAAUAGAUUUUCCAAUACGUUUGCACCCCGUUUAUUCAAAUCCUCGUCCUACAACUUUGCUUUCUUUCCCUGUGCUGUCACCUAUGGCAGUUUCAGUUAGAAAUAUCUUGGAGCCUCGCCUGGUUUUACAGACCUUUAAAUAUUUGUCUGGUAUGUGAAAUGCGGGAGGAGACCAAAGAGGGAAAGAACGUAACUGCAAUUAGACAUCUGAAAAAAAUAAUACAAAUUUGAAACAGGCACAUUUUGAAAAAGUAAAAGAAAGGAGCACUAAUUAUGUGAGUGGGAAGAGGGGAAAAAAAAAAAGCAUGUGAUGUAGAGUUGGAAGGUCUGCCAUGCUUUCCCAUGAUGUAUGGCAGUUUUUGAGUCUGGGCAAACCACACACUCAUUCUUGGGCAUGGAAGAGAGGGAUGUAGACUUCUCAGAAGGGAGCAAGGUACUAAAUUUUCAUAGUUUCUACCUCCCGGAUGCCUGGGUUAGUCUAACUUCUGGCAAAUUGAUUUCGGGCAAAAAAAGCUUUACAGAGAGUUAGCAUCUGUCCCCUUGGGUGAGUAGCCAUCUUAAUGCUGACUUAGAGAGCGAGUAGGUUUUUCAUACCUCAAAUAAGGAUAAAACUCCAUAAUAAAGGACCCAAAGCAAACACUUUUAAGACUUUUAAGGUGACUUUUCAUCACCUAAAAAACAGAUAGCUUUAUUUAACAAAACCCCUGUAGAACCCACAGCACACUCUUUUCCAGUAACCUUUCUUUGAAGUCAAAGCAUUUUAUAAACCACAUUUACAUAGCAUCUCAUUUUGUGUUGCUCGAGUGCUUGCAAAGGGCAUCAUGGAGAAAAGCGUUGGAAGUGGGAAGUUCUGGAAUGGAAAUGUGGAGUCGUGUCAUUCUAGGCUCUUAAGGAGAAUACUAAAGAUGAUACCAUUGUUGUAAAAGGUAAAUAUAAAUCCCUAACUUGGUAUGGAGUUUUAAUUUUCAACUGUGUGUUAAACAAAGCUAUCUUUACUUGUAGAGAGUUUGUGUACUCUUGAGGUGAUUCAAUACUUUUUAUGUUUUAUGGUCUCUAGACACAAGGAUUAAAUAAGGAUACUACUAUCACUUAGUCCAAAUUAGUGAAAUGACAUUGUAGUUUCUUUGAAACCAUACAUAGAUAAACUCUGGAUUGGCUUUUCAAAUAUUUCAUACUCUUAGCAAUUGAGAACCAACUCUGAAUACUCAAAUAAAUAAAAACCGUCUAAGGUAAAGCCACAGUCCUUUGCGUUACAGCCAAAGUGAAAACAGGAAGUUAUUUUCUUUGUGAUAUGCCAUUGAUUCUGAAAUAUUUUUAUAAUACUUACUCUACCCUUCCAACAUUUUAUCAGAAUAAAAUGACCAUUUACCUUACUUGCAACAUAAAUUCUAAGUUAAUAUCUUAUUUUUAAUGCCCUCUGGGAAGAUUUUCAUUUUAUUUUACCUGUUUCCAACCCGCCCCCCCCAAAAAAAAAUCAGAACUGUGCAUGGGAUUCAAGGAAAAGUCUAUGAAUAUGAUGUGAGUGGCAAUAUAAUCACCAUAACAAAAUUGUUUUUCAUCUGUGCUGCAAAAUAGAUAUUUUUUUAAUCUAACAUCACUUCCCACUUCCAACAUUUCUUUGUGAAUAUUAAUAUAGUAAAUGCUCCCUUAUCAUGCAUCACAUUAGCAAGUUUUUCUUUCCUUGGAUUACUAAUUUUUGCUUCUUUGCACUACAUUUAUCUUGUGCUGAAAUGACAAAAAGCGGGCGAGAAUAAAGAUCCAGGUAUUAGCCAUAUGUCAAAAGUUCCUGGUGUGCAUUUCUGUGUACUUUUUCUUCACAUAUUAGAAUUGUCAGGAACAAUUUUUUCCUUUGGAACUUCUUGUUUACAUCUUGCAUGAUCUUAUAAAUUAAUCUGAAGAGUAACUGAAUACCUUUUAUGGUUAUUUGAAAAUAAAAUUUGCU